UGUCCUUACAGAGCUCUUUUCAUGGAACCAACUCUUCUACUACUUGAUGAACCUACUAAUCAUCUCGACCUCAAUGCUGUUAUCUGGCUUAACAAUUACCUUCAAUCUUGGAAAAAGACACUCCUGAUAGUCUCUCACGACCAGACCUUUUUAGAUGAUGUAUGCACGGAUAUCAUUCAUUUAGAUAUGCAAAAAUUACAAUACUACAAAGGAAAUUACAAUACUUUCAAAAAGAUGCUUGGUCAGAAGAGAAAAGAACAAAUGAAAGACUAUGAGAGACAGGAAAAGAUGCUUAAGAUUAAAAGUCACGGCAAGUCAACUAAAGCCGCUGAGAAAGAGACGAGAAGUCAGCAGAAGAAGCGUAAUGAGAGGGGUAACAAGAAAAAAGGUGAUCCCACUGAAGAGGAUGAAGGCCCUCAGGAACUUCUCAAGAGACCUAAGGAAUAUGUGGUGAAAUUCACCCUUCCUAAUCCUCCUAGUCUCAGCCCACCUAUCCUGGGAAUGUAUAAUGUUACAUUUGGUUAUCCAAACCAGCCAAAGUUAUUCGUGAACUGUGAUUUUGGUGUCGACAUGACAUCAAGAGUUGCAAUAGUUGGUCCAAAUGGAGUCGGAAAAAGUACAUUCCUGAAUCUUCAAGGGGAACUUGAGCCUCUGAUAGGAGAAGUGCGAAAGAAUCACAGAUUACGUAUAGGAUCCUACAGUCAGCAUUCUGCUGAUCAGCUUACUAUGGACGUGUGUCCGGUAGAAUACCUUCAAACAAAAUACAACCUGCAGUAUCAAGAUAGUCGGAAGCUGUUAGGUCGAUUUGGGUUGGUCAGUCAUGCUCACACCAUCAAGACUAAAGAUCUGUCUGGUGGUCAGAAAUCAAGAGUAGCCUUUGCUGAUCUUUGCCAGAGCCAGCCAGAUGUUAUCAUCUUGGAUGAACCUACAAAUAAUUUGGACAUCGAGUCGAUUGAUGCCUUGGCUGAAGCAAUCAACAAUUAUACAGGAGGAGUUAUCAUUGUCAGCCACGAUGCCAGACUGAUAACAGAGACAGACUGUCAACUGUGGGUCAUCGAGGAGCAGACUAUUAACGAGAUCGACGGUGACUUUGAUGACUACAAACAUGAACUCCUAGUAGAACUCGGAGAGACUGAAAAUAAGAAAUGAUUGAAGCUUAAUUAUAGUUUAUAAUAAACUGUUCUCUGACUCAUCGUUGUAUGAACCCAAAACAGCAUGAAUGUUGCAAGCUGGGCAACAGAAUAUGCUUCCAAGAUCUGGAUUGGAGUUAUUCUUCUCAAUACCUAAAAUCUUUUCGUUGAAGGUUAAAAGUUCUCUGACUUCUCUGAAUUGCAACAUUCCCAAACAUUAGCCAUGCUGUACCAUAGGCUUUAUUCUGGAAUAACUAGGUUUCUGUCGUCGGGUUGCUAAUAGUCACAAGGUAUUUUGAGAUUUCUUUAUUAAAGCAGAUACGAACCAGCAGCCUUGAUAGCGACACCUCAAGUCUUCAUCUACUCAAAUCUGGCCAGAUUCCUGGCCCAUAAUGCAACAUUGGAGUCUUGUAAUAUAAGCCCAUUUGAAUGAUUAUCAUAAAUUGUGUUACCAAGUAGCAAACCAAGAA